GUAUUUAACUGAUUAGAAACCUCAUCCAGUAAAACUUGUACUGCUAUUUUUAAUCACGCAUUUGUACUAAAAAAAAAAAAAUCAAUACAGGGACGGAAAUCCCUUUUUUCUGUCGGUGAUGUAAUCAUUUAGGAAUUAGUGCUAUGCAAAUUACAUAAUAACAAACUGUCUGGUUUGAGCGGUUAUAAUGACGGUAUGGGUUAAAUUACACGUUUGUAUUUUAUUUAAAAAAUAAUAUUUAUGUUAUCGUUGCUAAACAAGUAACUUACCGCGUAUUUAAAGCUUUUAUUUAAAUAGAAAAACCCUGUGAUGGAAUGUAACGCAGCUAAACUCCAUUACCCAUGAUGCCUUUCUACUUCCGGUCUCCAACUGUGAGCUCAUUGGCGUAAAACUCAAAUCACAGGCGGGAGAGGAGCGAGCCGGUUAGCACAACUCGGCUAGACUUAAAGCGAAAUAGCCGUCUUGAACCGUUAUUUAAUCGCUUAAUUUAAUUCCUGAGUAAAAAUAGUUUGACGGUAAAUUGCUUCGUUGAGCCGAAAAGGAGGAAGAAAGAAAGAAAAGAAAAGAAGAAAAAAAACAGCGAUCACCGAAGGAGAGACGGGAAGUGAUUCAACAGUUUAAGGAUGAUCCCGAGGGGCCAGAAGCGUAAAUUCCCGCUAGACGACGAGGACGUUUCAGACAGAACCAGUCCCAACUGGGAGACCCAGCGGCAGUUUGUGUUCUCGGUUUCCCUGAGCAAGUAUCAGCGCAGCCAGGAGUUAGUGGAGCCCAGCCUGCGGAGGUCAGUUCUGAUCGCCAACACUCUGCGGCAGGUCAGCCUGGAGGCUUGCGGGUUGCCAUCUGCAGUCGAGGAGGCGGCAGCGCAGCAGCAGCAGCAGCAGCCUCCUUUUAGCUCCUCAUCUGCACUCCAACAGAAACAGCAGGAGGGCGUUUCCACUGGACAAUACAACUGUGUGGGAACGGUUCACGGCAACCACUUGGGUCCUAUCAGCUACCCGAUGCCGUCUUUAAACUACUCGUCAAAUUGUGCUGCAGGUACGUCUCCAGCGUGCCACUCGAGUCAAUCAAACGUCCCCAUGAGUGUAGAGGAGGAAGAUGAGGAAUGGGGCUCCAUGUCCCCAGAUUCUGAUCUCUCCCUGUCGGCUGCCAUUGCCUCCAUUCUCUCGGCACUGGAGUCGACCAUCGACGGGAGCCCUCAGGCGGCUCCGCGGACGCCUCUCAGGUCCUUGGAGAACCUGCCGGGGUCCUUCGAUGGAGGCGUGUCGUGGGAGAAGCAGGGGGUCCGAGACCAGAGCUGGGAGCAGCAGGACCAGUGCCGGGUCGGAGACAACAGCGCCGAGCUGAUGAGGUCCAGCUACCUCAGUGAUCUCACCAUGGAGGAGCUGCUCCAGGACAUAGACAUGUCCCUGCUGGAGAGGGACCUGGGGGUGCUGAGGAACGGCGGAGACGGAUACCAAGCUGGGGAUGAUUUCCUCCAGUUCCUGCCGCCCUUCUCCCCCCCCUUGGCCUCCUCGCAUCCCAGCUCCUUGUCUUUCAACCCGAGCCUGAAGUGCCUGCCGUCGUUCUCCUCCUUCAGCCCUUCAUCUUCCUCUUCCUCGUCCGCCCUCUCCUUGCCGAUGUCCUCUCAGAAUCUAGUGAGAGACGGAUUUGAGCUGGAGAACCUGAUGGAGAUCCUGGUGGAGUCCUGAUUACCUCAAACUCCAUCCUAAUCUGAACUGAGUGAGUGGACACAGACUGAACAUUUGCGUCGGACCGUCGAGCACAAUGACUGUUUUUAUAAACUGCUCUGAGAAAUCGUGCAUUAUCAGAUUUGGAGAUGUGGGGAAAAGACGGAGAAGUCUCGUGCAGCUUUUAGUGAAAAACUAAUGGUUUUGGUGGAGUCACAGUUAAAGCUGCGUGGGUCGCAGCCGCUGUAUUUUUGAUGACUAAGCAGUGACUCAGCGGAUCAUGAACCAAUGAGCGGCGCUUUACUGUCAGUGUGACUCAGCUAAUUGGAGCGAAUGGCGGGAGGGACCGGGUUUACACAACAUGGUUUAUUCAGCAAAAAAAAAAGUUUACAGGCAAUUAUCAGGUGUGGUGCCUCAGCAGCGUGGCUCCGAAAUGUGUCACAGCUUCAGUUAACCUGCAUUUGUACUGGACUUCCUGAAUUAGGGGGUCUGGACGACGUAAAAAAACGAGCCGUUUACUAAUUUCUGCAGUGGGCUGAACUUAUGGCUGACAAAUUCUGUGUGAAAUGAGAGAUCUGAGAAUGUGAUUGAAGCAGGUGUUGGAAGCAGAACGUAUGAAACACUAAUGUUAUGGAUCCAAUCUUCUGUGAAGACAUGCCUUAAUUUCAUAUUUAUCAAAGAGUUGUAGGAGAAGGAAUGACGGUGGAUGCUGAGGUCAGAGUUUCAAACAGUGGGAGCGCCGAGGAAAGGUGCUGCCAAACAUUUUUGUAUUUAUGUCAGGUGGUCUGGCCAGAAGAAAAUAUUUAUAAGAACCAAUACUUGUGUUUCAUUGCCAAACGCCGUCUUAUUCUAAAGGCGGAAACAAGUGAAACUAGAAGUAGUUUUUGUGUGAAAGGUUUCCUCUGACAGGAAACGCAGUGCCAGGUGUCCGUUCUGAACGGCUCCCUGCACAGUUUCAUGUCUGUCAGCGGACGCUAAGAGCCUCUACAGUACUGUGAUUGUACACAAAACAUCCUCACGAGCUUGAACGCGACGACGCCACAGAGUUUCGUCCCGUCGGCUCCACCACUAUGCAGCAGCUUCUGUUGUACCGAUGGGUGGGCGUCGUGCCUUGAGCCACAUUGGCUGAUUGAAUCCGCCGCAGUCCGCCCUGCGAGCGAUUCGUCCACCAGCUUGUUUUAACGUGCGUCACGUGUUUCGUCUGGUUUCCGUUUACAGUAUUGCACUAUGUCAAUAAUUUGUAAGGAUCGAGUGUUACCUAUUUAUUCAGGAGUGACAUUACAGGUGAGAUAUUGUUCCUUCUGAGCACAAAGUGAAA